GCGUGUCUGUACACUAUAUGUGUCUACAUGUCUCAAAAGUCAGGUUAUGGUUUAGUCUGAAACAUGAGAGACUUUUUAUCAGACAUACAGAACAUUAUAGCAAAGAAAAAGAAGACGACUGUUUCUCAGGGCGACUUACAGAAAUGGGGUUUAAGAGGGAUCCAGCUGAGACUUUACCAGCUGGACGGUGUGCAGUGGCUAACCCAGUGCCUGACGAACCAGCAGGGCUGCAUCUUAGGAGACGAGAUGGGUUUGGGGAAAACAUGUCAGACAGUCUCACUGCUGGUCUACAUGUCAGGAGCUCUUCAGGAUAAAGGACCAUUUUUAGUUCUGAGCCCGCUCUCUGUAAUGGAGAACUGGAGACAGGAGCUGGAAUGCUUUGCGCCCGCUCUGACCGUGCUGUGUUACAAAGGGGACAAGGAGAGACGGGCGGAGCUUCAGAGGGAAGCGAACACUCAUGACUUCCAUGUACUGCUCACUACUUAUGAAUUGUGUAUGAAAGAUGCUUCAUUCUUGAAACGGUGGAGGUGGAAGGUGGUUGUUGUAGACGAGGCUCACAGGCUGAAGAAUCAGAACUCGCUCUUACACAAAAUCCUGACUGAGUUCUCUGUAGGCUUUAGAGUUUUGCUGACAGGGACUCCAAUCCAGAACAACUUGCGGGAGCUGUACUCCCUGCUGAGCUUUAUUCAGCCCAGCAUCUUCACAGCAGUGGACUCUGAUCACUUUGUCAGCAGCUACUCCAGUGUGAAGAACCAGCCUGCUCUUGCUGAUGAGCUUCAAAGAAUGCUGGAGCCUUUCCUCCUUCGUAGGAUCAAGUCAGAAGUGGCUCUCGAUCUUCCACAGAAGACAGAGGUGGUCGUGUAUCACGGCAUGUCUGCUCUGCAGAAAAAAUACUACAAAGCAAUUCUGAUGAAGGAUGUUGAGGUCUUUGAAAAUGAGCAGGCCAACAAGACACGGCUGCUGAACAUCUUGAUGCAGUUGAGGAAGUGUGUUGACCAUCCGUACCUUUUUGACGGGGUUGAGCCUGAGCCCUUUGAGAUUGGGGAGCACCUUGUUGAAGCCAGUCAGAAACUUUUCCUUCUGGACAGCAUGUUGGCCUACCUAUACCAAGGUGGGCAUCGAGUCCUGCUCUUCUCUCAGAUGACAAGGAUGCUGGACAUUCUUCAGGAUUACAUAGAGUACAGAGGUUAUAGCUAUGAACGUCUGGAUGGGUCUGUUAGAGGGGAAGAGCGAAAUCUGGCAGUCAAGAGCUUCAGCAGUAAGGACAUCUUUGUCUUUCUGCUCAGCACUAAAGCAGGGGGAGUGGGAAUGAACCUUACAGCUGCGGACACUGUUAUUUUUGUGGAUAGUGAUUUUAACCCUCACAAUGACUUGCAGGCUGCUGCUCGCUGCCAUCGCAUUGGCCAGAAUAGGCCUGUGAAAGUGAUCCGCCUUCUAGCAAGAGACACUGUGGAGGAAAUAAUGUACUCGCGUGCUGUAUCCAAGUUGCACCUGACUAACAUUGUUAUUGAAGAAGGACGUUUCUCUUUGUUAGACCAAGCUCAGUCAGCUGCUGCAGGACUUCAGCUAAGUGACAUCUUGAAGUUUGGCAUAGAUAAACUUUUACUGUCGGGUGAGAGUUCAGUACAGGAUGUGGACCUGGAAAAGAUCCUUGGGCCAUCAUGUGAUGGGCAGUGGGUGGCUGAUAAAGACUCCGACAGAAUGGCGGAAGAUGACGGCUCUGAAUCCAAGGGACAGAGUCAUAUGUACUGCUUUGAGGGGAGAGAUUACUCCAAGGACCCAAGUACUGCAGACCAGAAGAGGUUUGAUCAUUUGCUUGAGGAACGGUUGGCUCAGCUGCAGCAGGGUGUUGAAGGAGGGGUGCGAGCCCUACGGCACAAACCUGGUGUUUCUUUGUCAGCCGGUCUUAGUAUUCCUUUGAGGAAGAGAAAACAACUGACUGAGGCUGAAGUGGAGUUGAGACGACAGAGGAGAGAGGAGGCAGCGGCUAAAAGAGCCAAAAUUCGGGAAGACGCCAAGAAACAGCAGAAAGAACAGGAAUACAAAAAAAAAAUGGAGUGGUGGAAGAGCUGUGGGUACAGAUCAUUGUGCCUGCAGGCUGCAGACAGCGAGGAAGAUGAAAAGGAGGAUGAAGGCAGCAUAUGCUCUACAGACUCCGACAGCACUGACAUCCACUUUGUUCUGGGGGAUGUUACACACCCUCAUGUUGCUCAGGGAGAUGCCAUCAUUGUCCACUGUGUUGAUGACUCAGGCUGGUGGGGCAGAGGAGGCCUGUUCAGUGCUCUGGAGGUUCGAUCAGAUGAACCACGCAAGCAGUAUGAGCUGGCUGGCAGAAUGAAAGACUUGGACCUUGGAAAUGUGUUGCUCUUCUCCAUCGAUGACAAACAGUCCAGAUUGGACGGGCAGGAUCAAUUGGCCCUCAUAGUGGCACAGAAACGAGACAAAGCCAACAACCUGUCUGGAAUCUUCCUGAGUGCUCUGGAUGAAGGUCUGAAGAAGAUUUAUGCUGCAGCCAAAAGACACAGAGCAAGCGUACAUCUUCCCAGAAUCGGCCACUCCACUAAAGGCUUCAAUUGGUACGGCACCGAGAGACUCAUCAGGAAGCACCUGGCUUCCAGAGGCAUCCGCACCUUCAUAUACUAUUACAGCAGAAGUGCCAAAAACACAGAGACAGCGACUCCUCAGGCGUCCACCUCUGUGUCUCCUGAACCUCAGUCACAUGACUCCGACAUGCAGACCAACCCCACCCAAUCGGAAACUGCAGGUCCCUCUGCUGUCUUUCAGGGUCCCCACCCCACAGAGCUCCCCAGUUUCAUGAGUGGGGUCCAUGUGUUUUUCUACAAUCUGCCCGCAUCAGAGAGGAAACAGCUGGCUCGCUACCUUAUCACUUAUGAUGGAGAUGAAGAGGAGCUCAUGAGUCCUGACGUCACCCACAUAGUUGCAGAUGUGACGAACCAGGUCCACACACAGGAGCUUCAGGAUCUGGUGGGGAAGUACACUCAGGCCAUCCCUGUUCAGAAAGCCUGGCUGGAGUCCUGCUUCUCCAAACAAAGAAAAGUCAACAGUGCACAGUACCUGCAUCUGCUCACAUAACAAAAUAUUUCUUCAUUGUAAAAAUACAAGUAAUUUGUAAUUGUUACUUUGCUUUUGUACAACUAUUUUUAUAGCUACUUUAAAAAAUAAUGAAUUUUAA